AAAGCUCACUCCAACCCACAAUGGAGCUCCUGUUGAUUUUGUCUUUCUCACUUAGAAAUUCUGGCCUUUUUUGUUUGUUUUUGUUUGUGUAUUUUCUCCUCCUCAGGUGCUCAAGAACAGCCCAUGGAAGAAUCAUACGAAGAGGUGGUAUUGAGGUCAUACAGCAGAAGUGGACAUGUUUGGAUUUCCAACAGCUACCCUGCUGGACUGUCAUGGAAGAUAUGCCCAGAAUGUAGCAUUUUUCAAUGUGAUGACAGAAGCCCACCACAAAUAUGAUCACACUGAGGCCACAGGAUCCUCAAGCUGGGACUUCCAGAAUUCUUUCAGAAGAGAGAAACUGGAACAAAAAUCUCCAGAUUCUAAGACACUACAGGAAGACUCACCCGGAGUGAGACAGAAGGUCUAUGAGUGCCAGGAAUGUGGAAAGUCCUUCCGGCAAAAAGGCAGUCUAACAUUGCAUGAGAGAAUCCACACUGGUCAGAAGCCAUUUGAGUGCACCCACUGUGGAAAAAGCUUCAGGGCCAAAGGCAAUCUUGUUACUCAUCAACGAAUACACACAGGAAAGCCCUAUCAGUGCAAAGAGUGUGGGAAAAGCUUUAGUCAACGAGGCAGUCUGGCCGUCCAUGAGAGACUCCACACUGGACAGAAACCUUAUGAGUGUGCCAUUUGCCAGCGAAGCUUCAGGAAUCAAAGUAACCUUGCUGUUCACAGAAGAGUUCACAGUGGUGAGAAGCCCUAUAGAUGUGAUCAGUGUGGAAAAGCCUUCAGUCAGAAAGGAAGCUUAAUCGUUCACAUCAGAGUUCACACAGGCCUGAAGCCCUAUGCCUGUUCUCAGUGUAGGAAGAGUUUCCACACCAGGGGAAACUGUAUUCUGCAUGGCAAAGUCCACACAGGAGAGACACCCUAUCUGUGUGGCCAGUGUGGAAAAAGCUUCACUCAGAGAGGUCUGGCUGUGCACCAGCGAAGCUGCUCACAACGGCUCACCCUUUGAUCACUCUUCAAAGGAAGAGUUCUCUUUAUGAAUUACUGGUACAGAAUCCUAGGUGAUCAAGCAGCCUAUUCAAUUCUAUGGAACGAAUGGAGAAUCUCCCAGAAAGACCAGCAUUGGGUAGGGAAAACUGACUUUUAUCCUUUCUCCCAAAUGAGUAUGAAAAAUAAAUGUCUUG